UUCAGAAACACAAGCAUUACUCAAAUUCAAUAGAGCCACAAACACUUUACCUUUCCCAAAUUCCACCACAGCCGGCCUAGUUAUUGACCAUGUUUCUCGAGCUACUACUAGCCUUAGCCCUUUUCUUGCUCCCCUUGCUUUUCCUCAUUCUCAAAUUUUCCGGCAACCCGGAAACAGGCAACAGCAAGCUCCCAAAAUCAUACCCAAUAAUCGGUUCAUUCCCAGCCCUCUACAAGAACCAUGCCAACAGACUCGCAUGGUUCACUGAGCUUCUCCAGAACUCUCCCUCGGCCACUAUCUCUAUUCACCACCCUUUCGGCCGACACUCCGUCGACACCGCCAACCCCACUGUGGUUCAACACAUCCUCAAGACAAACUUCCCCACCUACCAAAAAGGCGAGUCAUCCCGUCAAAUUCUCCAGGAGCUCCUCGGCGACGGCAUUUUCAACGCUGACGGUGACAACUGGAAGUUCCAGAGGCAACUCUCCAGCCACGAAUUCAACACCAAGUCGCUGAGAAAAUUCGUUGAAGACGUGGUUGACAUUGAACUCUACGACAGGCUCGUACCCAUUCUAUCCAAAUCUUCUAGCGAGCGAACCAUUCUUGAUUUCCAAGACAUUCUCCAAAGGUUUGCCUUCGACAACAUUUGCCGAAUCGGGUUUGGCUACGACCCUGAGUAUCUCCUUCCUUCUCUGCCGCAAGCUAAGUUCGCGGUGGCGUUUGAUGAUGCGGUCGAGAUCAGCAGCGAGAGGUUCGGCUUCCUGAGACCGGUGUGGAAAAUCAAAAGAGCUCUUGGAAUCGGCUCGGAAAGCCGUAUCAGCAGAGUGGUCUCCGAUGUGCGUGAGUUCGCCAACACCAUUGUCAAGCAAAAGAAGAGAGAGAUGGACGAGAUGAAGACCCUGGAGUCUCACGAUCUGCUGUCUCGGUUCUUGGGCUCCGGCCACUCCGACGAGAAGUUCGUCACCGACAUCGUCAUCAGCUUCACCCUCGCCGGAAGAGACACGACCUCAGCUGCUCUGACCUGGUUCUUCUGGCUAAUCUCAAACCACCCAAACGUCGAGAGCGAAAUUCUCAAGGAGAUAGAAGAGAAAUCGGAGAAGGGAGCCGGAUAUGAUGAAGCGAAGGAGAUGGUGUACACACACGCGGCGCUCUGCGAGAGCAUGAGGCUGUACCCGCCGGUUCCGAUCGACAGCAAAGAGGCGGUGAACGACGACGUUUUGCCGGACGGGACUAAAGUGAAGAAGGGGAUGGCAGUGUCGUACCAUGUUUACGCGAUGGGGAGGAUGGAGCAGAUAUGGGGCAAGGACUGGGCAGAGUUCCGACCCGAGAGGUGGUUGGAGCGUGACGUGGCGGCGGACAAGUGGAGGUUCGUGGCGAAGGACUCGUUUAGCUACCCGGUGUUUCAGGCGGGGCCGCGGAUCUGUUUGGGGAAGGAGAUGGCGUUCUUGCAGAUGAAGAGGGUGGUUGUUGGGGUUUUGAAGAGGUUUAAGGUGGUGCCGGAGAAAAGAGAGAAUGGAUUAGAGCCGGAGUUUGUUGCUUACCUUACAGCGAAAAUGAAGGGUGGGUUUCCGGUCACCGUUGUGGAGAGGGUUUAAGGAUUUGACUCUGUGUGUGUUGAGCUAAGACUAGUCAAAUCUGAGCUUCCCGCCAUUUAGUUGAUUAUUAUAUCUGAACUUUAAGGUUUAUUUAUUUAUUUAUUUUUUUAAUGAAAAAUAAAAUUUUAUAAACAUGUACGUACAUUAA